AUGCGAUGGCUUUGUACUGUCAGAACUUGCAUUGCAAAAGUGUACACAUCUUCAGAAAAUAUUAUACAAAUAGUUAAAAUUGUAAAUGAAAAUAAUGGACAUGAUCAACCAAGUAUAUACAGAAAAAUAUAUUCAAAUGGAUGUAAGAGAAAAGUUAUGCAAAAUCUGUAUACUAAACCAAAAUUACCAAAAUCCAAACCAGUCAUCGUCACGGACAAAGACAAAUACGAUCCUGGUGAUACGCUUGUAGCGAAUUGUACGUCACCAGCGUCUAGACCCGCGGCAGGUUUAACGUUCUUUUUAAACAACAUGCCGAUCGGUAGUCCGGAAACCCUCAAGUAUUCGACUUCAAAUUUUUUGAAAUUAAGUAUGCUAACAGUCACUUUGAAAUUAAAUCAAAGCCAUUUUAAAGACGGCCGAAAGCUUUUACUACAGUGUACUGCGCUAAUAAAUACACUGUACAAGCAAAGUUCUGAACUUAGGUUACCGAUUAAAUCAACAGAGCCAGUACCAGAAAAAGUAACUUCUCCGAGUUCCGGAUGUCGAUUGACGUGCAGUAACAAGUAUUUGACAAUGAUCACUACUUUAGUCUUAUUAUGUAACGUAUUCAGAUAGUCGAAUUCUGGAGCUUAAAUUCUUAAGAAUAUUUUCUUAGGUUCAUAUUAUUUUCAUGUAAAUAAGAAUUGAAGUUGUAAAAAGGACUAAAACUUUAUGGAUACAAAUAAAUUGGUAAACAAGAAUUGCAGCAUAGUUAAAAAUAAAACAACCUAUGAAAUAUAAAAAUAUAUAUUUUUUUUUCCAAAAUAAAGUAAU